CAGGCGCCGCCGCGGCCGCCGGGCCGAGCCGGUUUUCUCCCGGAAGAUCAAAGCGCGGAGGGGAAGCCGGUGGUGGAGACACGGGACUCCACCCGCUGGCUGCCUCGCCCGCGAGUUUCCCCCAGUCGGCCGAAAGGUUCUUCCACCCGGACGGUGUGAAAGCGAAGAGGUAGCAACCGGACAGAUGGGAGUCAAGUACUUGCUGCUUUCUCAAGAGACACUGCUGGGUAUUGGUCAAACCAAUCAUUUGAUUUUGUUGACAGCUUUAUUGACGCACGAUGGAAAUGCCAUAAACCGCACAGAAGCAGAAUUCUCCAGGCCUAUGAUGAUGAAGGGCUUUUUUCCUGACCAUGUUUUGCUCCCCACUGGACACUUGGCUGAAGUGAAGAAGCUCCCUGAUGGGCGUGCGGGAGGUGACAGCGUGACGGGGAGGGACUUGCCACGGGCACGCCGGCCAAAUCUCCGAGGUGCCGCAGAUGGAUUUGGUCACGCUCUUAGACUCCACGGUGGGCGGCCACCCACCUCUGCUGCCUGGUGCACCGGCUCAGGGCGCCGGGACCUCGAGCUGGGCCUCCUGGAGCCGGGCAGGCCGAUGUGGGCUGAGAAUGGCCCUCACCCAUGCGCACACCCAGCCUGGCCCCAUACCCUGAGACCCCUCGGGGCAGGAGAGCCUGUGAUCCCCCAGGCCGGCCUGUCUCCCCGGAAUCCGUCAGGAGAGUCUUGGGCCUUAAAUGUGGAGGCAACUUCAUGGCACAGGCCGGCGUCGCCCCCUCCAUUCUCAGGCAGCCCCGUGUCCCCACACUUCCCUCCGGGGGAUGCUCUGGUGUUUCGUCGCUCCCCCACCCGCAGCUUGUAAGGCCCAAGGUCAGACCCCCUCCACCCCUGCAGCUCGGGAAGCCCAAGGUUGCCAUCCGCCUGCACGGCCACGUGGAGAUUCCUCAGGAGCUGCUGGUCUUCCUCGGGGGGCCCAGCCUCCUGUUAACUGCCCAGGGUGAGUGGGAAGCAUGGUCGGACUUUGCCAGGACGGUGCUGGGGGCAGGCAGUGAGGACGGCAGCGCAGGGAGGGCCUGGGCCACUGGGAGUGCCGAGGCCUCUCCUCCUCUGGGCUGUUGGGGGCCGGCAGUGCGCCGUCGUAUGUCUCCCGGAAAUGGAGCCUCUUCUUCAGCUUUUGGUCGAAAGAGGCGGGUGGGCAUUGCCAGAUCCCUGCCUUCAGAGGGCCCGGAGCCACGACUUGCUGGCCCCAAAGGCACGGAGGUGGGUCAGUGCGGCCAAGAAGAGGUAACCUCGCUCAAGGAUUUAACCAAAGAGGGUUUACAGCCGCUGCCCACGUGCACCCCAGACAGCUGGCCUUGGGGGGUGCAGGAUUCCUCUUCCUCCCCCGUCCCCUCUCCCUCCCCUGCUCCUCGUGCUCGCAGAGGAAUCCAGCUCCCCUCCGAGGCCUGGAGGGCAGACCCCCUGUUUGCUGCCCCUCAUCGAGGACUGGGGAAAUGCAACGGAUACAGGCACACUUCGUUUCAGGCAGCAGGACCGUGCAUGUAAGUCAAGUGCCUCUUUGUAAAUCAGGGGACUCCAGAUUCAACGAACUGCGCUAAUUUUUAUGAAACUCAGGCUGAAGACGAUGCCUCGUUACUGUCACUGUUGUUCCCAUGUAAGGACCCUGGCGGUGCAUUUCUGUGUAGAUUCAGGAAAAAGGCCCCUUUACAGAGGAGCGGCUUGGAGCACUUGACCAGCCAAGCCUCCUGCAGGUGCUGGAAGCACAAGACCCACCGUGACACUGAGGCAGCAGUGGGGUGGGCUUUUGCGUUUUGAACACUUGUCGUUCUUUUGCUUUUAUUUGCAUUUUACACACGAGAGGUGUGAGGCUCAGAGAGGGCGAGCACCUUGCCUGGAGUCGGAGUCAGAAGUGGUGGAACUGAGUUUGAAUCCAGUUCUGUGGGGGUCCCGGUUUCUCCGGCCUUCUUGCCAUCAGGGGGUGGGCUGCUGUCCCCGUUCAUGUUGAGGCACGUCCUCGCCGCUGCUGGGAACCGUGUCCUGCCCCAGUCCAGGAUGUGGUUGGACGCUGCUGUCCUAGGGGCUGAAGGUCACUCAAGUUCCCUGGACGGGAGUGACAAGAGACCACGCCUCUCGUGUGGCCUUUAGUUAAUUCAGAGUGGACAGCCGGCACCCCUGCAUUUUCCAGAGUGUUCCAUCACUGAAUUGAGACCCCCGCCCCCCCUCACCUGGCUAUAACCACGCCCCUCCCCCAGCCCCGUCUGGUGGGUUGGCUCCUCCUGGACCUCAUAGCACAGGACGCAGGGCACUGUCCUUUGUGACGGGCCUGCUGGCUCGGCUGGCAUUUCGGGGUCACCCCACCGCUGCGCCUGCAGAGCUUCUUUCCUCUUGAUGGCUGAAGACCGUUCCACGCUCUGUCUUUUCAUCUACAGAGGGCGUUUGGCUUGUUUCCACUUUUAGCACCUGUGACGAUGCCACUGAACGGAGGUGUCUUCAGUGUGUUUUCCUGUAUGUGCCUGUGUUUGUUUUCAGUUAAUAGCUAAUUUCUUGUCAGAAGUGAAUUUUGAAAAUAUUAUCAAUGCCUUUGUUUCUAUUCCAUUAAAUCCAAUAAAAUUAAAUUACAAUAAA